GAAGAUUGGGAGGGGGGGGGGGGGAUUCAUGUAUUAUUGAGCAAAACCAGCGGCAAACCAAUGCCCCUAAUUCCUCACCCUUCUUCUAGAAGAAAAGAGCAUGAAAUAAUAAUUAAACAAAAGCAGAAACCUUCCUCGCACCUUCCUAUCCUAUUCUCCAUUUCUAAAAUUUAUAAUAAUCACACGUGACCUCUCAAAUUCCCUUCUUAUAAAGUAGCACCCCUUUCACAAACACAACCGCCCCUCGUAUUAGCAUUUAUACACGCCCAACAUGGUCCCAUCUUUUCAGGGCACAUCCAGUUCCGUUCCACCCAGAGCCCCAACUUUUGACCAGUCCCUGCCCCUAAACGAGAAUGACUCGCAGGACAUGGUCCUGUACGAGGUCCUAAACGAGGCUAUGGUCAUCACCGGCGGUGGCGGCGGCAGCAGCAGCAGCAACAGCAGGGCUUGGUCGGCGUCCAGGGAUGACUCCUGUUACCGUGGCUCCGGGGUAAGCAAUGAGGAAGCGCCGGAAGAAGAAGUGGGCAAGGAGCAGCGGCACUACAGGGGAGUGCGGCGGCGGCCGUGGGGAAAGUACGCGGCGGAAAUCCGCGACUCGACUCGAAACGGCACCCGGAUUUGGCUGGGCACGUUCGAGACGGCGGAGGAGGCGGCGCUGGCCUACGACAGAGCCGCUUUGAGAAUGCGGGGUGCCAAGGCGUUGCUUAAUUUUCCCGUGGACGUUGUUGUUCAGUCGGCCUCGGUGCACCCAAAUUAAUUAUAGGCCGAAUGAUGAAGAAUGAAGACGGAGGGUGUAUGAUAUAUAUAUAUAUAUAUAAAAUAUAUGGUGGGGGGGUGGUGUUGAAACAGGGGAGGCACACUGGAAUUCAAAGACUAGUGGAUGGAGUUUUUAAAUGUCAUUUUUUUUUCCAUUUUCAACAUUUUAAGAAUUACCCAAUUCAGAAUUUUCCGAACAUUUGAUAUUUGGUAAGAGUUUGUGUAGGAGUUCCUCUCUCUCUGGUCAAGCAGAGACUGGAAUUUGGGACAGUGAGGAAGCCAUGCAUGUAGAUUGAGGUCUUAUUGCAGAUGCGUUUUUUAUUGGGAAAGUGGAACGAAUGUGGAUUAAGGUCUUAUUGCAGAGACUAUAAUUCAAUGACAAGUGGAUUGAGCUUUUUUAUUGAA